AUGGGCAUUAGUUAAAAGCCGAAUCUACAACAGCAUCUGCUCUGCCACCCAACAACCACGCUCGCAACAUGACUCGCACACGCCGACCCAUCGCUCUGCUUCUCAUGCUGUCUUCCCUGCAUUGGCUAGCUUCCAGCGAUGGAGAUCCUGCCGUCAACAGCAGAGAUGCUCCCAAGAGACCCGUCCUGCAGCCCAAAGAAACGGCCCCGCCUCAGUUCACCUACACACUCAAGAACCUCAAAGGACAAGUGUGUGUGCGGGCCAGUUUGGGAGGGGAGUAUGUGGUGAGAGAGAACAAAAAGAAGUACUAUUUCAACCUGGACCCCAGCUCGACACAAGCCUCGGGAUACUGUAGGAACCAGAAGUCUGUUCUCUCAUUGAGUUUUCCUGGUGGAAAUCUGGAGUUCACUUUCAUCAAGGAAGGCGAUGUCUCCUAUGUGAAGACUAUCACAGGUCUUCUGAUCCCUGCUCCCACUUGUAAAAAUUGCCAGAAUAAAACCUACAUUGGAAUCGUGGAUCACGAGAAGCUAUUCUUAGCAAAAAAUGGCCUGAGCUUCCAGUGCAAGUCUGAGACGACUCUGAUCCUGUCCAACAACCUGAGACUCAAACUGGUGCCGCUGCAGAUCCAGGCCUUCGACCUCGCCACUGGAGCCUUCGGGAAAGAGGUUGAGUGCUGGGCGGAUUACAACAAACGCAUGAUCCCGAUUGUCCUGGGGGCCGUCGCUGCCGCCGUUUGCCUGAUCGCAGUCCUGACGUAUGUGCUGGUGCGGGAGCGCCGGGGCCGAGGAUACGAACAGCUCUAG